AUGUCUCAGCUCGAUAUUCCCAGCCCUGCUGUCACUGACGAAGCCGACAGUGAGGAGCCGUGCCCACAUACGCCCAACUUUACAGAGCCGAUUCCCUUACAGACGCAAACCGACAUGGGAAUCGUACACCUGCCCGAGCCGAAUGGCCUGAAGAUUCUUGUAGCACCUGCAGCAUACAAAGGUUGCCUCCAACCCGACACGGCCGCCGAUUGCAUCAGUGCUGGUAUUCUUUCAGUCGUACCCGACGCCCGCAUCCGUAAGCUUCCUUUGAUUGAUGGUGGCGAGGGCUUCACCCGUGGCAUCGUCACCGCCACUGGUGGUAGCAUCCAUCAAGUUAUGGUUUCCGGUCCACUCAACGAGCCUGUUCAAGCCUUCUUUGGUAUGAUUGGUCAUUCUGAUCUGCACACAAACCCCAUCGAGCGAGAGAGGACUGCCAUUAUCGAAAUGUCAGCCGCUGCAGGCCUCAGUCUGGUACCGGCGGAUCUUCGCAACCCGUGCGUGACAACAACAUACGGAGUCGGCAAACUCGUCCUGGCCGCAAUGGAAUCCGGUGCACAGCGUAUUAUCAUCGGCUGUGGAGACUCAGCCACCUGUGACGGUGGUGCCGGUAUGCUGCAGGCCCUGGGCGCAGUGCUGUUGGAUGAAAAUGGUCGAUCGUUGCCCAUAGCCAAGGGCGGAGAGUCCAUCUUGCGACUUCACCGGGUAGAUAUCGCCAAUCUCGACGCCCGUAUCGCCAACGGCUCCGUUCAGAUCGAAGCUGCGGUCAACUGGAAGAAUGUACUCACUGGUCCCAAGGGCCAGGCCCGCAUCUAUAGCGAGCAAAAGGGGGCAACUCCAGACCAGAUCGAGUUGCUUUCAAGCGCCAUGGACGCGCUGGCCUUUGCAGCUGCCGGAAGUCUACACAGCACCCCCGAAAUUGUGGGCAAGAUACCAGGCUCUGGCGCUUCCGGCGGCAUGGGAACGGCAUUGCUGUUGAUGGGUGGUAGGCUUCGGGCCCGGUGCGAUGUAAUGGACGAAUUCCUCCCGCCACUCGAUACCCUUUUUGACGACACUACCGACAGUUUCGACCUAGUCAUCACCGCCGAGGGUGGACUAGACUAUCAAACCCCAAGAGGCAAGAUGCCAGCAGAGGUGGCUCGACGCGCAAGCAGUCGCAAUAUCCCAGUUGUGGCCAUUGCGGGUACCAUUGGUACCGGUGCGGCUGACAAUCUGUCGGUCGGCAUCAAGGCGUAUGCUUGCAUGUUACAGGGGCCUUCGACAUUGGCCGAGGCCAUGGUGCCAGCGAGGGCAAGACAGUUACUAGAGGAGAGUGCGGCCAGUGUCAUGCGGACGGUACUUGUUGGUAUGCAGAUGGCAGAGACAAAAUCGGCCAGAGAAUCCAUCCAAAACAAACACCUAAUGGAUGUGACAGGCCUCGGUGUCGUUCGUUAUCUUUGA